GGAUGUGUGGUAAAACUGGAUUCGUCUCGAGAGCAGAUAGCCGAGAAUACUCGGCGGAGGCUGCGAACACGUCAACCUCCGGUGUACUGUCUUUCGACGGCUUGGAUCGGUUUCUACAUGGAUUACGCUGGAGCUCAAUAAAGUUUACGAUCACGAAGUACGCACGAUUCAGUCUCGCAAAAUAGCAAACGGUUAGGACGAUACACUGCAUUAAUCACAGACGAUCGAAAAAUUAAGUCGAAUGUAUGAAACAACAUUAACAGCUAUGGACAAACCAAAAUCCAAUAUCCAAUCUUUCUACAAAGACAAAACUAUCUUCAUUACUGGCGCUUCAGGUUUUGUGGGCAAAGUCCUUGUAGAAAAGUUGCUAUAUAGCUGUUCCGAUCUCAACAAAAUCUACGUCUUAAUGCGAGCUAAAAGAGAUUGCAGUUUCGACAAUAGGCUCGAAGAUAUAUUCAAAUUGCCUUUGUUUCAAAGAAUACGAACUGAAAAGCCUCAAGUGUUGAAAAAAGUAAUACCGGUUAAUGGUGACAUAUGUUUGGAUAAUUUGGGUCUUACUAAUGAACAGCGUGAGCAUCUAAUAAAUGAGGUAAACGUAGUAUUCCAUUGCGCCGCGACUGUUCGAUUGGAGGCGAAAUUGAAAGAUGCUGUCGAAAUAAACUUGAUAGGUACAAAAAGGAUACUGAACUUGACAAAGGAAAUGAAGCAUUUGCAGGCUUUCGUGCAUCUAAGUACAGCUUUCUGUCACAUCGACCAGAAAGAAUUAGGCGAACGUAUUUAUGAUCCUCCUAAUGAUCCUCAAGAUAUCAUAAGCCUUGUUCAAUGUCUUGACGAAGAUACUAUCGAUCUUAUUACGCCCAAGUUACUACAUCCGCAACCAAAUACUUAUACUUAUACAAAACGUCUGGCUGAAACGUUAGUAGCUAAUGAAUAUCCUAAUCUGCCUUGCUGCAUUGCUAGACCAUCAAUCAUAAUACCUUCUUACAAGGAACCGAUGCCAGGAUGGGUCGACAAUUUAAAUGGACCUAUUGGAUUGCUUGUUGGUGCAGGCAAGGGUGUUAUCAGAUCGAUGUAUUGCAACAGAAAUUAUAAUGCCGAAGUUAUACCGGUUGAUAUAGCAAAUAAUGGUUUAAUCAUAAUAGCGUACCAAAUUGCCACUAACCAAGAAAAUUUGGAAGAUAUACCCGUUUUCAAUAUGACACAAGGCGAUAUAACACGUAUUACAUGGGGCGAAAUAUUGGAGAAGGGAAGGCAAAUUAUUUAUGACUAUCCUUUUGAAGGACAAGUUUGAUAUCCGGAUGGCGACAUACGUAGCAAUAAAUUUGUGCAUAAUAUUUUUAUCUUUUUUUUCCAAAUCAUUCCCGCGUACUUGAUCGAUUUUCUGAUGCUGUUAUUUCGUCAAAAGAGAUUUAUGGUUAGAAUCCAGAAUCGAAUUUUAAAAGGCCUCGAAGUACUGGAAUUUGUCACCACGCGGCAAUGGAUAUUUCAUAAUAAAAAAGCAAUUGUUGCAAACAACGGAAUGUCAUCAAUAGAUAAGGAGAUAUUUCCAAUUAUAAUUUAUAAUGUCGAUAUAAUGGAAUACUUUAAACAUGUAAUCCUUGGCGCGCGACAGUAUUGCAUGAAAGAAGACCUGUCCACUUUGCCGAAAGCCCGUCGGCAUCAAAAAAUGAUGUAUGUGAUUCAUAUCAUGACAAUAUACCUGUUUUAGUUCAAAGUAUUAUGUUUUAUUUAUAACAAUGUUCAAACAGUGAGGUUUUUCCUGGAUUAUGUUACCGAGAAAAUAAAAUUGCAAUCGUUUAUAGGCGAAUCAAUUCAUAGAAAUAGUGACUUUGAGAAUAUUUAUUUUUAAAGUACACUAGCAACAAGAAGAUGAGAAAUGAUAGUCUUUUCAACGUUUAUUGCCCGAUGUCUCUCUUACAUAUUUAUCUCUUAUAUAUUAUCUCUUACAUAUUUAUAUUUUAAAAUUUAUAAUUAUGUACAAUGGGGCGUAUGAAUUAUGGGGGUGAAUGGAAAUUUUAAUUAGUUUAAUUGGAAUUAAUAUUGAUAGUAAUCUUCCGGCUAUUGUCAAUAUUAGCUUAUUAUAACGUCGAAAUAUAUGCAUAUUUACUGAAGUAAAUUAAAUAUAUGUAUAAACACAUAUGUAAAAAAAAAUUAAAAAAUGUUUAUGUAAAAGA